AUGUACUCAAUCAGAAGCAUGCCUACCAUAGCUCAUCGGGAGCAACGAGAAGAAAACGGAGUGGAAGAUAUGACACAGCUAGAGGAAAUGGAUGAAGGGGCUGUUCUGCUGAACCUGAACAAGAGAUCUGAGAGGGAGCUUAUUUAUACAUACAUAGGUAGCAUUUUGGUGUCCGUGAACCCUUAUAAGAUGUAUAACAUCUACGGGACGGACAUGGUGCUGCUGUACAAGGGUCGUGCACUGGGAGAGAACCCUCCGCACUUGUUUGCCAUAGCAAACGCUGCUUAUUCCAAAAUGAUGGAUGCCAAACACAACCAGGUCAUAAUAAUCAGUGGGGAGAGCGGAUCAGGAAAAACAGAGGCCACCAAACUAGUCCUUCGCUACUUAGCAGCAAUCCACCACACAAGCAAUAUUUCACAGCAGAUUGAGAUACUUGAGGCAGCUCCCCUGCUGGAAUCUUUUGGAAAUGCCAAAACAGUUCGGAAUGACAAUUCCAGUCGCUUCGGGAAGUACAUAGAGGUCUAUCUGGAGGAUGGUGUGAUCAGUGGUGCCAUAACCUCUCAGUAUCUGCUGGAAAAGUCACGGAUUGUCUUCCAGGCCAAAGACGAGAGGAACUAUCACAUCUUCUACGAGAUGUUGGCGGGUCUUCCCGCACAGCAGAGGCAGGCUUUCUACCUACAGGAAGCUGAGACCUACUAUUACCUCAACCAGGGAGGAGAUUGUGGGAUAACAGGGAAAAACGAUGCAGAGGAUUUCCUGCGUCUGCGUGCUGCCAUGGAGAUCCUUCACUUCACCCCUGAAGACCAGUCAGCCAUCUUUAGAGUUCUUUCUUCCAUACUGCACCUGGGCAAUGUCUACUUUCAGAGAUAUGAGGCUGAUGGCCAGGAGGUGGCGUCAGUGGUGAGCGCUCAGGAGAUCAGGGUGGUGGCAGAGCUGCUGCAGAUCUCCCCAGAAGGACUGCAGAAAGCCAUCACCUACAAAGUCACAGAGACGAUGAGGGACAAAAUCUACACACCACUGACUGUGGAAAGUGCAGUUGAUGCCAGAGAUGCUGUUGCCAAGAUCCUUUAUUCGCUGCUCUUCCACUGGUUAACAGAGAGGAUCAACGCUCAGGUGUACCCCCGCCAACACACCGUCUCCAUCUCCAUCCUGGACAUUUAUGGAUUUGAGGAUCUGGCCUUCAACAGCUUUGAGCAGCUUUGCAUUAAUUAUGCCAACGAGUAUCUUCAGUUCUUCUUCAACAAGAUCGUUUUCAGGGAGGAACAGGAGGAGUACAGCAGGGAACAGAUCUCCUGGCAGGACAUCCCAUUCAGUGACAACCAGCCCUGCAUUGACCUCAUUGCUGCAAAGCCUCAUGGGAUACUGAGGAUUCUGGAUGAUCAGAGCUGUUUCCCACAGGCGACAGACCACACUUUCCUCCAAAAGUGUCACUAUCACCAUGGCAACAACCCCCUGUAUCAGAAGCCAAAGAUGCCCAUUCCAGAGUUCGCCAUCAAGCACUUUGCUGGCCGAGUAACCUACCAGGUGUACAAGUUCCUGGAUAAGAACUAUGACCAAGUGCGCCAGGAUGUCCUGGACCUGUUUGUGCAGAGCAAGAACAAGAUGGUGUCAAAUCUCUUCCUGGUCCAAGCAGAGGUCAUAGGUCAGCAGAGAGGGGGUCACAUGAGAAAGAGCAGCACGGUCACAAGAAAAUACCAAGCUCCCACCGUCAGCAACAAGUUCCAACAGUCUCUGCUGGAGCUGGUGGAGAAGAUGGAGAGGUGCAACCCCUUUUUUGUGCGCUGUAUUAAGCCAAAUAACAUGAAGCUACCAGGAGUGUUUGAGGGCGAGCUGGUCAGCAACCAGCUGAGACACUCAGGGAUCCUAGAGACCAUCAGGAUCCGUAGGGUGGGAUACCCUGUCAGAAUGCCAUUCUACGUUUUCCUGUUCAGGUAUAAAUCCCUGGUGGGGUUACGAGAGCCUCCAGCGGCGAAUGGAGAGAACUGUGUGAUAAUGCUCAGUAAGCUGUGUCCUCUGAGACCAGGAGCCUUCCAUGUUGGAGUCACAAAGCUGUUUCUAAAGGAGGACAUCUACCAGUUGUUGGAGUGCAAACGUGAGCGCACCCGUCAGCUCGCUGCCCUCACGCUGCAGCGGUACAUUCGCAUGUUCUUCGUCCGAAGACGCUUUACGGCCUUCCGCAACAGGGUCAUCCGUCUGCAGGCGCAGUGCCGAGGCUUCCUCGCAAGGAGGCGCUAUGUAAAAAUGAGGGAGAGUCUGGUUCGAUUCCGCUCUCUGGUCCACAUGUAUGUCAACCGCAAGCAAUACAUCAAGAUGAAGUUUGAGGCCCAGAGGAAAGCUGAAGAGGAGAGGAAGAGGAGAGAAAUGGAGCUGACCAGGCGGGAGGUUGUGAACGUCACACACUUGGUGAUUCCCGCUGAGCUGGGAGCAUUACUGCAGACAGCAGGAGUCAGGAGGGAGUUACACUCAGACUGUUUGGCUCUGCUCCAAGCUCCUCACAUCCAAGAGGAGGCUCAGCUCACUCUGCCUCUGGACAUCAACAACUACCUUUUCUACCGCUACGUACAGAUCCACUUCAGGGAGCCAAAGUUGGGAAUGUUGAUGGCACCUUUAGAAACGCCUCUGACCCGUGUAGAAGAGGACUUGAGGGGGGAAGCUCUGGAGCUCUUCAACAUGGUUUUGCGCUUCAUGGGGGACCCUCACCUGAACGGGGCACAGGAGAACAUGUUUGGGAAUUACAUCAUCCAAAGGGGCCUGUCGUCGCCAGGGUUACGGGACGAGAUCCUGGCUCAGGUGGUCAACCAGGUGUGGAGGAACAUGAACUCCGAAAAUGCUGAGAGAGGCUGGCUGCUGUUGCUGGCGUGUGUCUGCAGCUUCUCCCCGUCUCCCAAGAUGGACAAAUAUCUGCUGAAGUUUGUGUCGGACCACGGCCCUGCUGGUUGCCAGGCACUGCUGCAACAUAGACUCAUCCAAGCCAAUCAGAAGAUACAGCUCAGCUCAAGCUCCGCCCCAGAGUCUGCUCGGACCUACCCUCUGUCAUUGCUGGAGUGGACGGCCAAUAGAAAGAAGGCUAACAUGGUGUUGCAGGUGCACUGUUUUGAUGGAGGAUCAUUUCUGUGUCCUGUUCACUCCUGGACCAGUGGAGAGGAUUUAGCAGGCAACAUACUGCGCCACAGGGGAGUGUCGGACUGGUGGAGGGGUAGUUCAGUUCUGAUGAAGGAGCACGGCCAGUGGGUGGAGUUAGCUGGUCACGACUAUGUGAUGGACCUGAUCGCAGACUUGGAGCUUCCUCCUGACUUCCCAAAGCAGAAGAGCUACUUCAUCAUCAGCUCCGACGACCCUGCCAGAGUCCGAGCCAACGCCAGCCUUGCUCUGUUUGGCAGUGGCUUUGACUCUGAUGAGGAACUUCCUCUCAGCAGCAGACCAGCCUACAGUCUGCCCGAUUCAGACGGUUACUUCAGUCACGUUGAGUCAGAUGCAUUCAGUGACAGUCAGACUCAGCGAGGGAUGGACCGCUACCUGGACAGUCUGUUUGACCCUGUGCUGUCAGACAGCAGCAUAGACAUGGAAAAAACUGGAAGCCUGUCAGCGAGGAUGAAGGGAGGAGGAGGUGUAGGCAUUAACGGAGGAGGAGGAGAGGGCGGGAGUCAGACAACUCACAGCCGGCCUUAUCCACCUGGAAUACAUCCCGGAGGAACGGAGCAGACAGUACUGACUCAACAGCAACAGGCCAUCAUCAACCAGCAAGCUAUCAUUCUGGCCCAGCAGAUGACCAUGCAGGCCAUUGCCAUCCAGCAGCAGAUGUUGUCCGCCUUCCCCCCUGUUGCUCCGGCCCCUCAGUCUCCACCCUCACAGUAUCAUCACACACACUCUCACACACCCAGCCCAACCAAAGACAGAGAGGAGUCGCCGUACAAGCCUGCUGCUGCUCAGAGAAAAAUCAGUCCGACACGAGGCCCCCCUCAGGAAGACGUGGUGCAAUCCAGUGCGAGUAACGCUGAGCGCAUUGAUCCCAGCCACGACAUCAAAGAUAUCAUCAAGCAGCACCACCCUGCAGGGCCUACCGCUUCUAAUACUGGACCUGCUGCACAGAGGAAGGCUGAUGGAAAAAUGUUUGCAAAGAAGCCAGACCCGCAUGAUGAAGCAAUGGAAAUCCUUAAAGAUCAGAUGGCAAACCCACCUCUACCAACUCAAAGGAAGCCUCAAUCCUUCCAACGUAAAGAAGAGGGUGGACUGAAGGUUUCCAAGACGAUCAAGCCUCGCCCUCAGGGUCCAGCCAGUUCCAACAUAAACCCCGCUCUUCCUCCAGUGGCCAGAGAGUUGCCGGUGGAGGAGGAGAUCAUUCAGACUCAGCUCCACAGCCGGACCAGUGAUGAAUAUUACACGUACUCCAACGUCCCCUGGAAACUCUACAUGAGGAAAGAGGUUUUCUAUCCAAAAGAGACCUUUAACAAUCCUCUGAUUCUGGACCUGAUCUUCAGACAGGUUGUACACGACACCUUCUCCGAGGCCUGCGUUCGCAUCACCCUGGAGGAGAGGCAGCAGAUGAAAGCUUUCUUUGCUGAAAACAAGGUGGAUCAGGUUUCAGGAACACACGAUGAGAAUGUGAAGAAGAAAGUCGCCGCCAUGGCCAGAGACUCAUGGGAGAUUUACUUCUCCCGCCUCUUCCCGGCAUCUGGCAGUGUAGGGACAGGGGUGCAGGUGCUGUCAGUGUCUCAUAAAGGCAUCAAGCUGCUGAAGAUGGUGAGAAGCAGCUCGGCCACCCCGGACUAUUUCAGAGUGCUGAGGCCUUACAGCUAUUCGGAUAUCCUCUUCGUGUCCAUCCCGUCUAAAAACAUGCUGGAGUUCAACCUGACCAAUGAGAAGCUGAUCCUGUUCUCAGCCAAGGCCCCGCAGGUCAAACACAUGAUCGACCACUUCCUCACAGAGAUAAAGAAGGACUCCGAGUACAUGGUGGCGGUGAGGAACUACAUCACUGAGGACAGGAGUCAGCUCAGCUUCCAUAAAGGAGACAUCAUCAGACUGCAGCACAUGGACGGGCUGGAGGCCGGCAAACGUUACGGCUGCAUAGUGAGGAAGAAGGUCAUGCUGCUGGAGGAGCUAAAGAAAGACACUCCAGAGUUUGGCUGGCGUUUUGGGGCUGUGUACGGAAAAUCAGGAGUUUUUCCGAGCGAGUAUGUGCACCCUGUGGCAGCUCCCGACUUCCUGAUCCUCCCCGCGGAGCGCGUGGAGCCUCGAGACAGACAGGGGCGAGUGGCUGCAUCGGCUGCUGUUGCCGUAGCGAUGGGCUCAGCAGUAGCUGCCCAUGAGCUGGACCUCUCCAUGGAGGUAGUGAAUGAGAUUUAUGGAGACAGCAUGAGCAGCGAACUGGAUGAUCUGCCUCUCCAUAGCAGCCAGUACCACAUGGUGGAGUUUGCCAAGAAGUACUUCAGAGAGGCACAGAGGAACAGAAGUGAUCAGAAAGCCAAAAAGGGGAAGGAGGGCAGGGACCCCGCUGACAUGGUGAAAUUCUCCAAGUCUCCAAUCCAGGAGUCUCUUAUCGACUUCUCUGACAGCGGGAUGAACAGAGUCGCUGCUGACAUCUUCAUAGCUAUAAUGAAGUUCAUGGGAGACUUUGCACUGAAAGGUCAGACUGAACAGGACCUGGUAACCACUAUACUGAAGUUAAGUGGCGACCACGGCCUUAUAAAGGAUGAAGCGUACUGCCAGGUGAUGAAGCAAGUCACCUCUAACACCAGCUCCAAACCGGACAGUUGUCAGAGAGGAUGGAGGCUGUUGUACAUCCUGACGGCUUUCCAUCGCUGCUCAGACGUCAUGAAGUUGUUUCUGUUGAAGUUCCUGCAGGAUGCCUGCGAGAGCCCCGGGAUGCAGUACCAAGGUAUUGCCAAGGCAUGUGAGCAGAAUCUGAGAAGGACUUUUCAAUAUGGCGGACGCACGCAGCAUCCCAACAGCAUGGAGCUUAAAGCAAUGCUGGCUGGCCGAAGCUCUAAGAGACAACUAUUCCUGCUGCCAGGUGGAAUCGAAAGGCACCUGAAAAUCAAGACGUGCUCUGUUGCCUUGGAUGUAAUCGAGGAGCUUUGCUAUGAGAUGGGACUCCACAGGGUGGAGGCUUUAGAUGAAUACGCCGUCUUUCUGGUCACACACCGAGGUCAGAACGUGCGUCCCCUGAACAAGCGCGAGUACAUCCUGGACAUCGCUACAGAAGCGGAACCAGUGGAUGCCAACUACAGCCUGUGGUUCAGGAGAGUCAUCUGGAGUCUGCCUCUCAAACUUGACAACGAACUUUACGUCACCAUGCACUACAAUCAGGUGUUGCCAGACUACCUUAAGGCCUUGAUGAGUGUGGUCCCUCUGGGGAAGGCCAGUGAUCAGCACCUGCAGCAGAUCGCCAGACUGGCCGCCCUACAGCACCGUGCCAAAGACACCAUCUACCUGCCCACCCUCCGUGAGGUGCAGGAGUGUGUCCCCCCACCGUUCUACGGCAAGCAGGGCUCGCAGCCGUGGCUGAAUAUGACAACUCAGCACAUGCAGCAUGUCCAGCCCUUAAACCCACACCAGGCCCGGGCACAGUUCCUUGGUCUGGUCAGUGCUUUCCCCAUGUUCGGCUCCUCCUUCUUCUACAUCCAGAGCUGCAGCUCAGCCUCCGUCCAGGCGCCGUGCAUCUUGGCUGUGAAUCUGAACGGCCUGCACUUUCUUAACAAGGAUACUCAUGAGGCCAUGGUGAGAUUCCCUUUAAAGGAGGUCCAGUCAACUCGCACCCAGAGACCAACUUCGGGCUCAAGUUAUCCAUAUGUGGAGAUCAUGUUAGGCGACCUGCUCAACCAACGCAUCACACAACUACAGCUGGAGCAGGGUCUGGAGCUGUGCCGAGUCAUUGCCAUGCACAUGGAGAACAUGUUGUCGGUCAGAGAAAAGAGACUCACUUUGCCACCAAGUGAAAUCACCCUUCUAUAGCACAAACAUGUACAUGCACACAGAGAGAGAUUAUAUUGUAUGCCUUAUAAAUGUACUGUAUCUACCUCUAUUUGAAAGUAGAAUAUUUUGAUAUGUAAAGGUUAUAUUUGUUUAAUAUUACACUGAAUGGAUGGUGACGAUGUUGAACAGACUGCCGCUACAAUUAUUUUCUCGAUGUUUAGUCAGUGAAAUAUCAGAAAAGGUUGAACAUUUUAAUCAUAUCCCUAAAGCCAAAUUUGAUAGGUUUAAAAGUUUAGAUUUAACAUUUAAAAUUAGAAGCCUCGGACGAGUCCCUGAUAAUCAGGGUUUGAAACUUACAAAGACAAAUACUCCCAUUUUUUUAAAAGUGGAAAGUCAUAUUUUGAAAAAUGAUCCCCUCAGAUCCCAUAACUGUUUUUAGUUUGACCUUUUAAGCCAAAACUGUUUAAGACCCUAACUGCCAUGGCUGCUUCACAGAGAAGAGAUUAUAACUUCUCCACUUAAAAAGAAUGAAACAACCUGAUAAGCUUUUGUUUAAAUGUGGAUUUUUCACAGUACAAUAGAAGAGACCCUGCUGUAGUCAGCUACAGAAAAACGGAUUUAUGCAACACUGAGAGAAAAACUAUGAAGCUAAACAAUAGCCUUGUCCUCUUUCAGUAACCCACAUACAUCAUUCGUGAACUAAAUCCAUUUAUUAACAAAGCUGCAUUACCAUUUAAAUUUAAAACAAGAAAAAGCAACAGGUGAUAAAAUGAACUUUAAUCUUCAUCCCAUUACAUCAAGGAAAGGAAACCGAUGAAAUGGAUUUAAAGGCCACAUGACUCUUUGCACUUACAUUUUUUUAACCAUGCAUAUAUACUUUUUGUAUUAUAGCUGUUGUAUGUAAUAAUGCUUGUGAAAACAAUAAAGUUUGUACAAAUCAC